CCACUUAUGAAACUGGCCAAUAGAUGACGAGCAGGGAAACUUCCGCCAGGACUUCCGAGCGUGUCCCAUUGUAUGUUCAAUAAUUCGUAUUCGUUCAAGAGACGUCUUUCGUCGAGUUUCAUACAUGUAUUCUGUCUGCUGGUGGCAGUUCCAGACUUAACGCAUUUCAAGAGUUAUUUAUUGCGACUUCGAAUUCUGGAGGCUUGCGCGGGUGUGAACAUAUACAACGUUAAACCUGCUGUUCUGUGUAACAGCAGUUUUGUAGCAAAUGUGUUUCUCACAGUUACCGACCUGCGUGGAAAGGUUUGCUUACUACUGGAUAGUUAGCUAGCAACUACAUAGCUAACCUUCGCUACCUGUACAACUGUUUUCAAACGGUGGCAAAGUUAGCCUUGGUUGAAGAAGCCAGCUGGCAGAAAGUCGGUCCGUUUCUUUAUGUAUAGUUGUUGACUUGACUAUGAGUAUUUGCGACGAACUAUGAAGAUGCAAGGUUGAAGGGGCGCACGAGAUUUUGUCUUCUUGGCACAUUUUCCAGCAUUCAGAGGAUUAACGUUUGCGUAACUUCAGCGUUGGCAAGCCUUUUCCCACCGUUGGUUGUUUUUUUAUCAGCCUGCACAUUAGCUUGUCGAGGGGAAUCGCAAAGACUUUAUUUCGUUCAUAAUGAAUGGGUUCAGCACAGAAGAAGACAGCCACGAUGGUCCACCAGCUCCGCCGUUCUAUGGCCAGAUCUGUUGUUUGAUAGAGGACGGUGAACGCUGCGGCCGAUCAGCUGGAAACGCCUCCUUCAGCAAGAGGAUUCAGAAAAGCAUAUCCCAGAAGAAACUGAAGUUAGACAUCGACAAGAGCGUCCGCCAUCUCUAUAUCUGCGACUUCCAUAAAAACUUCAUCCAGAGUGUUCGCAACAAAAGAAAGAGGAAAACCAGCGACGAUGGGGGAGAGUCCCCGGACCAUGACGUCGAGGUGCCUGAGGUGGACCUGUUCCAGCUGCAGGUGAAUACUCUGCGUCGCUACAAGAGGCACUACAAACUGCAGACCAGGCCUGGCCUUAACAAGGCCCAGCUGGCAGAGACCGUGAGCCGUCAUUUCCGGAAUAUUCCAGUCAAUGAGAAGGAGACCCUCACCUACUUCAUCUACAUGGUCAAGAGCAGCAAAAGUCGACUGGACCAGAAGCCAGACGGUAGCAAGCAGCUCGAGUGAACAACGCCCCCACAGCAAUCUACUACAGUAAACUACCACAGCAAACUUACCACAGUGUACAGUCCCCGAUAGCCCACAGCAAACUCCCCACCGCACAGAUCACAGCAAACUUGCAGUACAGAGCUCUUCCUCAAAGAGGCAACUGCCUUUAAACCCACAAGUCUACACAUUGCCUACAAGUGAAACAUGAAGGCCUACAUAUGUUACAAAAAACAAAAUCCCACCUGACCAUGCUGGUGCAGCAGUCUAGAAAAUACUGCCUUAAGAAUAUCAACAUUUAUUUCCUUUAUAUUAGCUUUGACUGUUUUUACUGUUCGACUGUUGCAUUUUGACUGAGCGUAAUUUCCUGUGUCAACCCAUAGGGAAAGUAGAGCCAAAUAUCUGUGGACAUAUGUAAGGUUUUACACAUAAAUAUAUAUAUAUUAUACACAAUAUAAAUAGAACUGUAUUAAGUGGGUUAAGUUGAGCACUGGCUGGCUCGGAGAGCUGCAAGCUCUUCAACACUAUACGUGUAUUUCUGUGAGUGUGUGUGUGUGUGGGAAAGAGAAUGUUUGUGUGGGAGCGCGUAUGUAUACCUGCACCAGAUUUGUCUUUUUCAUUUACAUAGGAAGUAGCAGCAUGAGUUGUGUAUAUCUAUUGCUUUGUCUUCAUGGAUCUCCAGUACUACUUCUAUAUGAUUUUUAUUUUUUAAAGCAAACUAGAAUUGCUGUAGAACUGUCUGUGCUCCAGUCAGAUGAAAAAAAAUCAAUACUGAUGUGUAUUAUAAUUUAUCCUUGUGUUUUCAGCUGUAAAAUGGACCCUCCGUCACAAUGAUGAGCUUUUGUUUUGUUUAUGCGAUUCAAAAUCGUACGCGCACCCUCUGUUAAGAAUGAGAAAAAUAAAUAAAGCUUAAAAUAAUUAAAAAAAUAUGUAACAAAGCUACAAAAUCUGAUGUUGCACCCUUACAUGACCGUAGUGGAGAAACGGACGGCUAUUUAUGUGAUUGGAUAGAUACUGAGCAAGGGGUACAUUCCAGAGGUGGUCAAGAGCCAGACCUGCUUUAUGCUUUACCAGAGAUAUGAACCUGGUAAAUGAACUGGGGUGCAUUUCUCGAAACCAUAGCUGCUAACUAUGUUAGCUACUUUAUUGUUUGCACUGCCAUUUCCCUUUGGCAACUAUACAACUACGCUUUCAAGAAAUGCACCCAUGUAUAGGGACACCUUUCCUCUAAAUCAACAGACUCCUACUAUCAGCAUCAUUUCUGUCUGCCAAAGUUAGUGGUGAAUUUGACAGAAAAUAUCUACCCUGGGUCUCUUUUUUCCCUCACGAAACAAAAAUCAGUGGGCUCCAGUAUUAUGGCAGGAUUAUGGCUUUCUCUUAGUUUGAAUGUAGCAGGGCUGUUCCUUUGACACCUUUUGCGAUGUAUCCCAUGACUGCAGCAGAUCUAUUUGCACUAGGUCUCUUUGGUCUUUUGGGUAAUGAAUGAUCAUGUUGAUUGCAGAAGUGUGUAAUAAUCAUGAAAUCGUGUUACCAGCCUCCCCCGAAAUGGUAGUCUACCCCCCACCAUCUCCACUCCAUCUCCUUUUCCCAUUUCGUCUUGUGUGUUCCAUGGCCGCAAGCCAUUCCACUUCCUCCCAUCCUUUUCCUCCGGCCUUGUGACGCAGGGCUCAGCGUCAUCGAUGAUUUAAGUUUCAAUUAAAUAUCUUGCGAGUAAGCAAGCCCUCAAAAAAGACGCUCUGUGUUACUUGACGGUGGAGAAACUUUUUCCACAGAGGAGAAUGACUUGCAGCCCACUACAGUGCCCAGUGCCCCAUUCAUGUUCAUUCAUUAUUUCUCUUCUACUUGUGUUGUGUUUAGUAUGACACACGACAGCAGUGCUCCUCUCCUAUAUAAGACAGUCUCUGACGGCAAUGCUAACAUUUCAUAUAGAUGGUGUAGUGGCAUCGUGACUUUGUUUUUGUUUUUUUUCUUGCAGCUACUUUUUAUUCAUCUUUUUAACACAUUGAUUGUGCUAUGUUGACUUCUUUGAAAGUAGGGCGCCUGUAUGUACAUGUCUGUGCAUUGGUUUGAAUAAACUGAUUGUACACAAAG